CACCACCACCACCACCACCACCACCACCACCACACACAAAGAGAGAGAGAGAGAGAAAGAAGGAAAGAAAAAGAAACACCGCGCAACACCCCUCACCACCCUACACACAUGGCAGACUCACUGCCCCCGAGAAGGCUGCUGGGCGUGGCCAAGGGGCCGGAGGAGCACCCGGCGAGCCGGAUCCCGGGAGCCACGCCGCUGGUCACUCCGCGGACAUUCCCAGCGGACAAGGGCGAGUAUGCUGCGUUUGAGCUGAGCAACGGGCUGCAAGUCAUCGCUGUCUCGCGGCCUGGGACCAAGAUGGGCGCGGCGGCGAUGAAUGUCAACGUGGGCUACUUUUCUGACCCCCAGGCCGUCCCAGGUCUCGCCCACUUUUGCGAGCACAUGCUGUUCCUCGGCACCGCAAAGUACCCCGACGAGUCGUACUACGCCGGGCUUGUCGCCUCGCGCGCCGGCGAGGAGAACGCCUCGACCUCCCGCGAGAAUACCGAGUACUACUUUGGUGUCGACGCCGACCACAUGAUCGAGGUCCUCGACGUCUUUGCCCAGUUCUUUGUCGCGCCCAAGUUCUCGGCCUCGGCCACCGCCCGCGAGCUCCACGCCAUCGACGAAGAGUUCAACGAGGAGUACGUCGACGACGACAUCCGUGCCGUCCAAGUCGUCAAGGCCUGCACCGGUUCGACCCACCCGUACUCGGCCUUUGACUGCGGCAACGUCGUCUCACUCGAGGAGGUGCCGGCCGCCACAGGCGUUGACGUUCGCGCCGAGCUCAUGGCUUUUCACGCCAAGUGGUACUCGGCCAACCUCAUGCGCCUCGUCGUCUACGGCGCUGAGCCGCUGCCGGUUCUUGUCGACGCCAUUGCCGCCUCCUUUGCCGACGUCCCUAACAUGCACACUCCGCCACCGCGCUUCGACCCGGCCCUCCUCGCCCCGGACGCGCCUCAGCACCAGCGCCCGCUGCUGCUCUCCGUCGCCACGCUCAAGUCGAUGUACACGCUCGAAGUCAUUUGGCAGUGGCCGUCCGUCCGCGGCCUCAACGACACCAAGCCGCAUGAGCUCAUCGGCCACCUCGUCGGCCACGAGGGCGAGGGCUCGAUCUACGCCGCCCUUUCUGCCCGCGGCUGGCUCAAGUCGCUCUCCGCUGGCGUCGACACCGAGACGGCAGACUUUUGCUUCUUCUCGGUCGAGAUGGAGCUGACCUCGCUCGGCUUUGCUCACGUCUUUGACGUCGUCGCCGCCCUCUACGCCUACCUUGCCCUCCUCCGCCACGCCCAUCCGCUCCCGUCCUGGAUCUGGGACGAAAAGGUCUCGCUUGACGCCACUCAGUUUGCCCACAAGUCCGAAGUCCGUGCCGUCAAGUGGGUCCGCUCGCUUGCCGAGGCCAUGCACGAGCUCCCCAUCGACGCCGUUAUCUCUGGCCCCUACGAGUACGCACCGGCGUUUGACCCGGACGGCCUCGCCACUCUCCUCGACGCCCUCAUUCCCGAAAACUCGAUCAUUCUCUGCAAGGCCAAGGACUUGCCGGCCGCCUACGGCCCCAACGCCUCCGCUGCCUGGCCGGCUGUCUUUGCCGCCCCGCUCGCCUCUCACGAGCCGUGGUACGACGUCGACUACGCCGCCAUCUCGCUCCCCACCGCCGCGCCCGACGUUGUCGCCUCGUGGGCCUCGGCCUCGGCCGUCGAUGCCGCAGCCUCGUGGGACCUCGCCCUCCCUCAGCCGAACGCGUUUAUUGCCACGGACUUUGCACUGUGCGAGCCCGAGGCGUCGCCGCCGCCGCUCCCUCCUCCCGCUCGCCCACUCCCCACUCCCGCCGACCCGCUCCCGCCCAUCCUCGCUGCCGCAGAGUCUGGCGAGGUCCUCGACACCGCGCCGCCGAGCCUCCUUGUGUGGCGCACCGGAUGGGAGGUGUGGCACAAGACCGAUACCGAGUUCCGUGUUCCCAAGGGCCUCAUCAAGCUCCGCCUUCGCCUCCCUCUCGCCACCAUUUCGCCGCACGCCGCCGUGUGUAUGCGGCUGUGGAUGGCGCUCCUUGCCGACGCGCUCAUCAGCAUUGUGUACCCGGCAUCCGUGGCCGGCCUCUCCUUCUCGCUAUCGCACGUCACCGAGGGCAUCGCCGUCAGCGUCUCGGGCUACUCGCACAAGCUCUUUGACCUGCUCUCGGUCCUCGUCGAGGCCAUUGCGAACGAGGAGCUCUCCAAGGGCCGCUUCGUCAUGUUCCGCGAAAUCAUCGGCCGCUCGCUGGCCAACGCCGGCCUAGGCGAGCCACUCCCGCUCGCCCGCAACCUUCACGACAUUGCCAUUUCGAGCUUCAAGUGGGAGAUUACCGAGUACCGGCGCGCCCUUGCUUCGCUGACCUACGACUCGUUUGCCGCCUUUGUCACCAGCGUCCGCACCUCGUCGGCUGCCGCCACUCUCUACGUCCACGGCAACUUUACCGCCUCGCGGGCCCGGACCGAGUCGGCCCGCAUCGCGAGCCUUCUCGACAACUUUGUCCCGCUGCCGCGCUCGUGCUUCCCAGCCUUCCGCUCGCCGCUUCUCGCUGCAGGCCCGGCGGGCCCCUGGGUCCUCGAGCGGCUGUCGCCCGACCCGGUCAACAUCCAGUCAGCGGUCAUGAACGUCUAUGAGGUCAGCGUUCAAUCGCAAGAGGCCAACGCAUUUGUCGACCUCCUUGUCCAGCUCCUCGACGAGCGGUUCUUCACCAAGCUGCGGACAGAACAGCAGCUUGGCUACACCGUGAGCGUCGGUGUCUCGGGCGCCGGCCGCGUCUCGCGCCUCCGCUUCUCGGUUCAGGGCUCUGCCGCCUCGGCGCCCGAGGUCGACGCCGCCAUCGAGGCCUUCCUUGCUGACUUUCUUGGCAACGUCCUGCCCAACCUGACGCAAGACGAGCUCGAGACAAAUCUCGCUUCGCUCGCCGCCCUCACUCUCAAGAAGAAGACUUCGCUCGUCGCUGCAGGCGCCCGCGUCUGGGGCGAGCUCUCCUCGCUCGAGUAUCUCUUUGACCGUCCGCACGUCGAAGUCGCUCAUCUCGCCGCCAUUACCCGCUCCUCGCUCCUCGCCUUUGCCACCAAGGUCCUCGACCCGGCGUCGCCGCUCCGUCGCAAGCUCUCGGUCCGCGUCCACGCCGCCGCCUCGUCGGUCGGUCCGCCGCCGCCGCCCGGCGUCGAUCCGGCCACGGGCAAGCCGUACAUUGUCAUCGACGACCCGCUCGCCUUCAGGGCCGCUGCUACCCUCGCCCCAGCGAGCGACAAGCUUCCCACAUGGUUCAUUGUGCCACACGUAACAGAGCUUGAUCACCCAGACGACGCCUGGAACGCCAUGCUCGCGAGCGAAAACGGCCACGCCUCGGCCUACUCGGGCUCGGACUCGGGCUCAGACUCAGGCUCGAGCGACGACGACUCGUAGGUGUCGCCUAACUAGCCCUGCGGCCACUCGUGCGCCACAAAGUUAAAGAUGGUGAACAGCAGCUCGGUUGGGAGCUGCGCAAAGCCG